AUGGUUCGCCUGCUGAGAGCUUUCACUAGCUCUGCGCGAGCAGUGGCACCCUCAUCUCUCUUGCUUCAACGACGAUGCUACUUUGCCGAUGCUCUUGUCGAUGCUUUCAAGUCAACAGGGAAAAAGCCUCCUCAAGCGCCUCAUGAUGCCCAAAUGGAUGCCCGGAGAGUUGUCGAAUCCGUGGGCGACAAAACUUUACCGCUGCUAGACCUGGAAGGGCCGGUCCCUGAGGGCAUUUACGUCAACGGAAAGAUGCUGGGAAUACCUAAAAAACAUGGUAGGACAUGGUAUCUGCACACGAUGCUGCGCGAUGCGUGUCGGUGCCCUCAAUGCGUGGACCCCCAUUCCAAGCAGCGCAACUUCCGGACCAGCGAUAUCAACAUUCAUGUGCGCCCGCAGUCGAUUCGCCUGGACGGUGAUACUCUCGAAAUUAAGUGGAAAAAUGAUCUUCUAGGCCACAGUGGGUCGCACGUCUCAACAUACAAUCUAGAAGAGUUGCAUGCCCCAACUCCCAUCCCUAUAAUAUCCACCGCCGGAGCCAAGAGAAGGCGCUUUUUAUGGGAUCGGGACAUGAUGGAGCAAACCCAGCAUUGGAUCGACUACGAGGACUACAUGCAAGGCGACAACAAGUUUGUGGAGGCCAUGCGCCACCUGGCCCUGACUGGGCUGAUAUUCGUCAAGAACAUCCCAGACACCCGUUCGCGUUCGAAGGUGGAGAAAAUCGCGACCAAGAUGGGCCCGCUCCGGAAUACCUUCUACGGGCAGAGCUGGGAUGUGCGCAGCGUGCCUCAGGCCAAGAACGUCGCGUACACGAACCAGAACCUCGACUUCCACAUGGACUUGAUGUAUACGAAGAACCCGCCCGGAUACCAGUUGCUGCACUGUCUCGAGAACUCCAGCGUUGGCGGCGAGUCACUGUUCCUGGACUCCUUCAGCGUUGCGCAGGUGUUACAUACGACUUGCUACCAGGUUUUCGAAAGACUUACCCAGAUGGAGCUCAAUUACGAGUAUAACCAUGAGGACGACGUCUACAACUGCCGCUGGCCCGUCUUCGAGGUCGGGUCAUACCACUCAAGCACAAACAUGGACCUGCGGUAUGUCAACUAUUCACCGCCCUUCCAGGGCCGGCUUCUGAAAAUGAGAAAGUACAAGCAUGCCAGCGAGGGCCUGCGCGCGUUGAAUUACUUUGCCCGGAUGUUGGAGGACAAAGAUCGCAUCUUCGAGCGGAAAAUGCGGCCCGGCGAGUGUGCCAUCUUCGAGAACCGCCGCGUGCUCCAUGCGCGGCGGCCCUUCGACUUGACCAGCGGUAGCCGCUGGCUGGCCGGUACCUACGUCGACGAUGAAGCUCUCAUGUCCAAAUUCCGGACUCUCAGCCGAAAGUACCCCCAUGCUUGGUACAAAUAUCCCCUUGCGAACGGAAAGCAAACAUGGAGUGAGAUGAAAUUGGCUGGGUUACUGGCUCCAGACCAAAUGGCUGAAGCCAAAUUCUUCGGUGGAGGCGACGAGGCCGAGGAUGAAUUCGCCGAUAGAAGCGCCGAAGCUGAAGCUGAAUACUGGGGUGAGGGUGACGAGGCCGAAACUAAAUUCUUCGGUUAG